ACAUGAUCGCAGAUGACCCGCGGCCGGGGCUGCGGCGGCAGUUUCUAAGGCAGCCUUGGCCCGCCCGGAGCAGCAGUAAGUGUGGUCGUCUCUGUAAGUGUGAGAGCAUCAUGGUGGCGUUUAAGGGAGUCUGGACUCAGGCAUUCUGGAAAGCGGUUUCAGCAGAGUUUUUGGCCAUGUUCAUUUUUGUCCUCCUCAGCCUCGGCUCCACAAUCAACUGGGGUGGAGCAGAGAGGCCCCUGCCUGUAGACAUGGUCCUUAUCUCCCUCUGCUUUGGACUCAGCAUUGCAACCAUGGUGCAGUGCUUUGGACACAUCAGCGGAGGCCACAUUAACCCUGCUGUGACGGUGGCAAUGGUCUGCACAAGGAAGAUCAGCCUCGCCAAGUCCGUCUUCUACAUUCUUGCCCAAUGCCUGGGGGCCAUCGCAGGCGCAGGCAUCCUUUACCUCAUCACACCACCAAGCGUGGUAGGAGGCCUGGGAGUCACUGCGGUACAUGGAGAUCUUUCCGCUGGCCAUGGACUCCUGGUGGAGUUGAUAAUUACAUUCCAGCUGGUUUUUACUAUUUUUGCCAGCUGUGAUUCAAAACGAAGUGAUGUCACUGGUUCUGUAGCUUUAGCAAUUGGAUUUUCUGUUGCAAUUGGACAUUUAUUUGCUAUCAAUUACACUGGUGCCAGUAUGAACCCUGCCCGAUCGUUUGGUCCUGCUGUCAUCAUGGGGAACUGGGAAAACCAAUGGGUAUAUUGGGUGGGACCAAUAAUAGGAGCAGUCCUUGCUGGUGCUCUUUAUGAGUAUGUCUAUUGCCCAGAUGUUGAACUCAAGCGCCGCUUUAAAGAUGUCUUCAGUAAGGCUACCCAGCCAUCCAAAGGGAAGUACAUUGAGGUGGAUGAUAACAGGAGCCAUGUAGAGACCGAUGACCUGAUCCUGAAGCCUGGCAUAGUUCAUGUGAUUGAUAUUGACAGGGGUGAGGACAAGAAGGGAAGAGAUGCAUCCAGCGAGGUGUUGUCUUCUGUAUGACUAGCAAGAAGCACUGAAAACAGAGAUCAGCCUCCUAGCAUGUCCACAGAUAUCCUUCCACCUAUUAAAGAAACAGAUCUCCUCUAGACUGAGCAUCUACCAUUCCCUAAAAGGUAUGGUGUGGGCAGCUGAAUGGUAAUGGUAUCACCAAACCAUACUCCUGCUCAGUUGCAAGAUUAGGACUUUGUAUAAUUAGGAGUC